AUGGGACAAACUGUCGCUAUGCCCCUGAGCCUCACUCUUGACCACUGGUCGGACGUAAAAGGCCGUGGCAACAAUGAAGGAGUCAUCAUCAAAAAGAAUAAAUGGACCACCCUCUGCGAGGCCGAAUGGGUUAGGAUGGAUGUCAGCUGGCCCCGAGAGGGCUCCUUUAACCUCUCUUUGAUUUCACAGGUUGAAGGGAAGAUUUUUGCCCCCAAACCCCACGGGCACCCAGACCAGGGCCCCUACAUAGCCAUCUGGAGAUCCCUGGUAGAAAACCCAUUUCCAUGGGUCAAGCCUUUCCUCCUAGGUCCCUCUACAACCCCUUUGGCUUCUCCCCCGCCCUCCGCACCGCCUGCGAUUUCUUCCUCCUCUUUAUACCCUAUACUUCCCCGCAAAGAGGCUCUCAAGCCUUCCGUCCUCCCCCCCGACCCCGACUCUCCCCUCAUUGACCUCCUAACAGCUGAGCCUCCGCCUUAUCGCGCGGCACCAGCCGCGCCAGCCGCGGGACUGGAAACAGGGACGCCGGCCAUCGGAGGGGCAGCAGCCCCUGAGAGGAUGGCAACUAGCAGGAACACAGGGGGGACCCCGGCUCCCUCACCCAUCGCCGGUCGCCUUCGGGUCCGCCGGGAUGACACCCCCCUGGAAUCCAAGGCCUUUCCCCUCAGAGAAGGGCCUGGCCGCCACCUCCAGUACUGGCCAUUCUCGGCCUCUGAUCUCUAUAACUGGAAACAAUUUAACCCCCCGUUUUCCAAAGAUCCCGUGGCGUUAACCAACUUGAUUGAGUCUAUCCUAGUGACCCAUCGGCCAACCUGGGAUGACUGCCAACAGCUUUUGCAGACCCUCCUGACUGUGGAGGAGAAGCAGCGGGUGUUCCUGGAAGCACGGAAGCUGGUCCCUGGCGAAGAUGGGAGACCUACCCAGCUCCCCAAUCUCAUUGACAUAGCUUUUCCCCUCACGCACCCAAAUUGGGAUUAUACCACCGAUGAAGGUAGGGGACACCUACGUCUCUAUCGCCAGUUGCUCUUAGCGGGUCUCCGUGCCGCUGCCAGGCGGCCCACUAAUUUGGCCCAGGUAAGAAGCACCAUCCAGGGAAAGGAGGAGACUCCAGCCGCAUUCUUAGAAAGGCUAAAAGAGGCUUAUAGAAUGUACACCCCCUAUGAUCCAGAGGACCCAGGGCAGGCACCAGGAGUUAUCCUGUCAUUUAUCUACCAGUCGAGCCCAGAUAUCAGGACUAAGUUACAGAGGUUAGAAGGACUGUCGACAUUGAAUCUUUCGGAUCUGUUGAGGGAGGCAGAGAAAGUAUUUAACAAGAGGGAGACUCCGGAGGAAAGGGAGGAAAGGAUAUGGCAGAAACAGGAUGAGAGGGACAAGAGACGACACAAGGAGAUCAAGACACUGGCCGCCAUAGUGUUGCAGGGCCAAGGCAGAGAGGGAGUUAGGAUGGGAGAACGAAGGCGACCCCCCUUGGAGAAGGACCAAUGUGCAUACUGCAAGGGAAAAGGACAUUGGGCUCGGGAGUGCCCACAGAGACCACAGGGACCCCGACGACCCAGACCCAAGGCUGUGGACCUCCUUAAUCUGGAAGACUAGGGGGGUCCAGGCCAGGAGCCCCCCCCUGAGCCUCGGAUAACCCUCAAGAUCGGGGGGCAACCAGUAACCUUCCUAGUUGAUACGGGGGCCCAACAUUCGUUCCUAACCCACACUGGAGGCCCCCUCAGUGACCGUUCCGCUUUGGUCCAGGGGGCCACCGGUAGUAGGAGAUACCGGUGGACGACUGAAAGAAAAGUCCAGUUGGCGUCGGGGCAAGUAACCCAUUCCUUCCUACAUAUACCCGACUGCCCUCACCCGUUGCUGGGCCGGGACCUACUGACCAAAUUAAAAGCACAAAUUUACUUUGAUGAAAGAGGACCCACGGUCACGGGGCCUGGGGGAACCCCUUUGCAAGUCCUCGCCCUAAAUCUGGAAGAAGAAUACCGCCUUUUUGAGCCUGAGCCCCCGGAAGAACCACCGGGUGAGAUGCAGGACUGGCUAGACAGGUUUCCACAGGCAUGGGCAGAAACAGGAGGCUUGGGGCUCGCGCACGACCAGCCGCCCCUUGUCAUUUCAUUGAAGGCCUCCGCAACUCCAAUCUCAAUCAGACAGUACCCCAUGUCUCGGGAAGCGCAGGAGGGGAUUAAACCCCACAUCCGGCGGCUAAUAGACCAGGGAGUGCUCAAACCCUGCCGAUCUCCCUGGAAUACUCCCCUCUUACCCGUCAAGAAACCAGGUACAGGGGAAUUCAGACCGGUCCAGGACUUAAGGGAGGUCAAUAAGCGGGUGGAGGACAUACACCCCACAGUACCUAACCCCUACAACCUCCUCAGCACCCUCCCACUGACCCAUACUUGGUAUACGGUGCUGGAUCUAAAAGAUGCUUUCUUUUGCUUGAGACUGCAUCCUCAGAGUCAGCUACUGUUUGCUUUUGAAUGGAGGGACCCAGAAAUCGGACUUUCAGGACAGCUGACCUGGACCCGGCUCCCCCAAGGGUUCAAGAAUAGCCCAACACUCUUUGAUGAGGCCCUCCAUGCAGAUCUAGCCAGAUUCCGGGUAGAACACCCAACCUUGACUCUGCUCCAGUACGUAGAUGACCUCCUCUUGGCCGCCAGGAGCCGGACCGAAUGCUUGGAAGGAACUCAGGCUCUGCUGACCAGGCUUGGGGAAAAGGGCUACAGGGCCUCGGCCAAAAAGGCCCAGAUAUGCCAGAACAAAGUUAUCUAUCUGGGCUACACCCUGGAGGGAGGGCGAAGAUGGCUGACCGAAGCCAGAAAAGAGGCGAUAGUCUCAAUCCCCCCUCCCAAGGGCCCUCGGCAGGUCAGAGAAUUUUUGGGCACGGCCGGCUACUGCCGCCUCUGGAUUCCUGGGUUUGCUGAACUGGCUGCCCCCCUGUAUCCUCUCACUAAGCCGGGAAUUAUGUUCCGAUGGGAGGAAGAACAUCAACAGGCCUUCCAACAAAUUAAAAGAGCAUUGCUCGAGUCACCAGCCCUGGGCCUACCAGAUCUAACCAAGCCCUUUGAACUAUUUGUGGAUGAGAACUCAGGCUUUGCUAAAGGGGUAUUAGUGCAAAAACUGGGGCCCUGGAGGAGGCCGGUGGCCUAUCUAUCCAAGAAAUUGGACCCGGUAGCCACUGGAUGGCCCCCUUGCUUACGCAUGGUAGCCGCUAUUGCAGUCCUGCUCAAGGAUGCGGGUAAACUGACUCUGGGUCAGCCAAUGACUGUGCUAUCCUCCCAUGCGGUGGAAGCCUUAGUCCGGCAGCCCCCAGACAGAUGGCUCUCCAAUUCCAGAAUGACUCAUUAUCAGGCCUUACUGCCGGACACCGACCGAGUGACCUUCGGCCCCACAGUUUCCCUCAAUCCGGCCACCCUACUACCCCUGCCUACCUCCUCGGAGCAUGAUUGCCUCCAGAUCCUGGCAGAAGUGCACGGCACCCGUCCAGACCUGACCGAUCAACCAUUGAAGGACUCAGACUAUGUCUGGUUCACGGACGGGAGCAGCUUCCUCGAGGAAGGGAUGAGAAGAGCAGGAGCAGCUGUCACCACUGAGUCUGAGGUGGUCUGGGCCUCGCCGUUGCCGGCUGGAACAUCGGCCCAGAAAGCGGAGCUGAUUGCACUCGCCCAGGCCCUCCGGAUGGCGGAAGGUAAGAGACUCACAGUCUAUACUGACAGCAGAUAUGCCUUCGCCACUGCCCAUGUGCAUGGAGAAAUCUACAGACGGAGGGGCCUCCUGACUUCAGAAGGUAAAGAAGUCAAAAAUAAAAAAGAGAUUCUGGACCUCCUACAAGCACUAUUCCUCCCACGGCAGCUCAGUAUAAUGCACUGUCCAGGGCACCAGAAGGGGAACACAGCAAUGGCUAGGGGAAACAGGCUGGCUGACCUAACCGCCCGAGCCGCAGCCUCCCAACCACCCAAGGAAGGGCAGCUGUUGAUGCUCCUGCAGGGUCACCCGCCGCCUAGCAGAGGCCCUAUGCCCUACAGCUCUGAGGACCAUGAGCUAGCAAAGAAAAUGGGGGCGGAAUGGAUCAAGUUCCUUCAUGCACUGACCCAUCUAAGCAAGGGCAAAAUGAAGGCCCUACUGGCCGACGAGGCUUCUGGGGCUAUACUACUGAACCAGGACCAAAUACUCCAGCAAGUGACCUCUAGCUGUCCAGCAUGCGCCCAAGUGAACCCCGGAAAGGCCCACUUAGGCAAGGGAACCCGCCUAAGGGGCCAUCGCCCUGGGACUCAUUGGGAAAUAGAUUUCACAGAGGUAACGCCGGGACUCUAUGGUUACCGUUACCUCCUGGUUUUUGUGGACACCUUUUCUGGAUGGAUGGAAGCAUUCCCCACCAAGAAGGAAACAGCCAACGUCGUGGCCAAAAAGCUGUUGGAGGACAUUUUUCCCAGAUAUGGGAUGCCCCAGGUAAUGGGGUCCGAUAAUGGGCCUGCCUUCGUCUCCCAGGUAAGUCAGAGGGUGGCCAGAUUGCUGGGGAUUGAUUGGAAGCUUCAUUGUGCAUACCGGCCCCAGAGCUCAGGAGAGGUAGAACGAGCUAAUAGAACCAUUAAGGAGACUUUGACCAAAUUAACGCUUGCAACUGGCUCUAGAGACUGGGUGCUCCUACUCCCUUUAGCCCUUUACCGGGCUCGGAAUACUCCCGGACCCUAUGGUUUGACUCCCUUUGAAAUUAUAUAUGGGGCCCCCCCACCUAUUGUAAAUUUCCUUCAUCCUGACAUUUCGUCCUUCGCCACCAGCCCUACCUUAGAGGCACACCUCCAGGCCCUCCAGCUAGUACAGAAGGAAGUUUGGAAACCUCUGGCAGCGGCCUACCGAGAGCAACUGGACCACCCAAUAGUCCCUCAUCCCUUCCAGAUCGGGGACUCCGUCUGGGUUCGGCGACAUCAGACCAAAAAUUUGGAACCACGGUGGAAGGGACCAUACACCGUCCUGCUGACCACACCAACUGCUCUCAAGGUCGAUGGGAUUGCUGCCUGGGUCCACGCCUCCCACGUGAAGGCUGCUAAGGAGAUUGACCCGACCAGUGCCAAGGAGUCCACAUGGAAGGUACAGCGCACUCAAAAUCCACUGAAGAUA